UGACGCUGGCCGGCUGGGGGUUCACACACAGAGGACCUGCACCCCAGGAGGACGGACCAAGAACAUUGUCCUUGAGAGAAAGUGGGGACCCUGGAGCUCCAGACUCAGACCAGGAGCCCAGCCCCAGGUCUGGAGGGAGCUCUCCUGUCCUGACAGAUGGCCGAGGCGGAAGCGAUGCAGCUGAAGGAGGAGGGGAAUCAGCAUUUCCAGCUCCAGGACUACAAGGCUGCCACCAAGAGCUACAGCCAGGCCCUGAAGCUGACCAAGGAUAAGGACCUGCUGGCCACACUCUAUCGGAACCGGGCGGCCUGUGGCCUGAAAACGGAGAGCUAUGUUCAGGCGGCUUCCGAUGCCUCGAGAGCCAUUGAUAUCAACUCCUCGGACAUCAAGGCUCUGUACCGGCGAUGCCAGGCACUGGAGCACCUGGGCAAGCUGGACCAGGCCUUCAAGGAUGUGCAGCGCUGUGCCACUCUGGAGCCACAGAACCAGAGCUUCCAGCAGACACUGAGGAGGCUCAACACCAGCAUCCAGGAGAAGCUCCGUGUGCAGUUCUCCACUGAUUCGAGGGUUCAGACGAUGUUUGAGAUUCUCCUGGACAGAAACAGUGAAGCGGAUAAACUGGAGAAGGCCGCCAACAACCUCAUUGUCCUCAGCCGUGAGGAAGCGGGGGCCGAAAGGAUCUUCCAGAACAACGGCAUGGCCCUGCUGGUGCAGCUUUUGGACAUGAAGAGGCCUGAGCUGAUGCUGGCUGCCGUGCGGACCUUGUCGGGCAUGUGCAGUAGCCACCGAGCUAGGGCCACAGCGAUCCUCCACGCAGUCCGGAUAGACCGAAUCUGCAGCCUCAUGGCGGUGGAGAGCGAGGAGAUGUCUCUGGCCGUCUGCAACCUGCUGCAGGCCAUCAUCGACGCUCUGUCUGGAGAGGACAAACAGGAGCAUCGGGGGAAGGAAGAGGCCCUGGUUCUGGACUCCAAGAAGGACCUGAGGCAGAUCACCAACCACCUGCUCGACAUGCUGGUCAGUAAGAAGGUGUCUGGCCAGGGUAGGGAUCAGGCCCUGAACCUGCUCAAUAAGAACGUCCCCAGGAAGGACCUCGCCAUUCACGACAACUCCCGCACCAUCUACGUGGUUGAUAAUGGCCUAAGGAAGAUCCUGAAGGUGGUGGGGCAGGUCCCAGAUCUGCCAUCCUGCCUGCCCCUGACUGACAACACCCGCAUGCUGGCCUCGAUCCUCAUCAACAAGCUCUACGAUGACCUGCGCUGUGACCCCGAGCGCGACCACUUCCGCAAGAUCUGCGAGGAGUAUAUCACGGGCACGUUUGACCCCCAGGACAUGGACAAGAACGUGAUUGCCAUCCAGACGGUGUCGGGGAUCCUGCAGGGCCCCUUUGACCUGGGCAAUCAGCUGCUGGGACUGAAAGGUGUGAUGGAGAUGAUGGUGGCGCUCUGCGGCUCGGAGCGUGAGACGGACCAGCUGGUGGCCGUGGAGGCCCUCAUCCACGCCUCCACCAAGCUCAGCCGCGCCACCUUCAUCAUCACCAACGGUGUGUCACUGCUCAAAGAGAUCUACAAGACCACCAAAAACGAGAAGAUCAAGAUCCGCGCACUGGUGGGACUCUGUAAACUCGGCUCGGCGGGCGGCACAGAUUACGCUCUCAGGCAGUUUGCUGAAGGCUCGACAGAAAAGCUGGCCAAACAGUGUCGCAAGUGGCUGUGCAAUGCAUCCAUAGACACCCGGACCCGGAAAUGGGCAGUGGAGGGCCUGGCCUACCUCACGCUGGACGCAGACGUGAAGGACGACUUUGUUCAGGACAUCCCUGCCCUGCAGGCCAUGUUUGAGCUGGCCAAGACCCCCGACAAGACCAUCCUGUACUCAGUGGCCACCACCCUGGUGAACUGCACCAACAGCUACGAUGUCAAGGAGGUCAUCCCCGAGCUGGUGCAGCUGGCCAAGUUCUCCAAGCAGCAUGUGCCUGAGGAGCACCCCAAGGACAAGAAGGACUUCGUGGACAUGCGAGUGAAGCGGCUUCUGAAGGCCGGCGUCACCUCGGCGCUGGUCUGCAUGGUGAAAGCUGACAAUGCCAUCCUCACCGACCAGACCAAGGAGCUGCUGGCCAGGGUAUUCCUGGCACUGUGUGACAACCCAAAGGACCGAGGCACCAUUGUGGCUCAAGGUGGUGGUAAGGCCCUGAUUCCCCUGGCUUUGGAGGGCACAGAUGUGGGCAAGGUGAAGGCAGCCCACGGCCUAGCGAAGAUCGCAGCGGUCUCCAACCCAGACAUCGCCUUCCCCGGGGAGCGGGUGUACGAGGUGGUGCGGCCCCUCGUGAGUCUCCUGAACACACAGAGGGAUGGCCUCCAGAACUAUGAAGCUCUCCUAGGCCUCACCAACCUGUCUGGGCGGAGUGACAAGCUCCGGAAGAAGAUCUUUAAGGAGAAGGCCUUACCGGACAUUGAGAACUACAUGUUUGAGAACCAUGACCAGCUGCGGCAGGCGGCCACUGAGUGCAUGUGCAACAUGGUGGUGAACAAGGAGGUACAGGAGAGGUUCCUGGCCGAUGGCAAUGACCGGCUGAAGCUGGUGGUGCUGCUCUGUGGCGAGGAUGACGACAAGCUGCAGAACGCGGCUGCGGGGGCCCUGGCCAUGCUGACAGCAUCGCAUAAGAAACUGUGCUUCAAGAUGACUGAAGUGACAACUCAGUGGUUGGAGAUUCUACAGCGGCUUUGCUUGCAUGACCGGCUGUCAGUUCAACACCGGGGCCUGGUCAUUGCCUACAACCUGCUGGCGGCUGAUGCUGAGUUGGCCAAGAAGCUGGUGGAGAGUGAGCUGCUGGAGAUCCUGACGGUGGUGGGCAAGCAAGAGCCAGACGAGAAGCGGGCAGCGGUGGUUCAGACAGCUCGGGAAUGUCUCGUCAAAUGCAUGGAUUAUGGCUUCAUUAAACCAGUGUCUUAGACGGGGGCCCGGAGGGAGACUGGGGCUGCUCCUGUAACUGUGCAGAGUUCUGAGCUGAGAACACUUGGGGUAUCAGUUCCAUUAGGGAUCAUUGCAGCCACGAUGAGGUGUCCAUGUAAAAGGACUGUAGAUUGUUCCCUGAGUUGUACAUCUUCCCUUUUGUUCUAGGAAAGUUUGCAUAUUUCAUUAGCUCUCUUGCUCCUUAACAUCUGUCAAGUUCCAGAAAUUCCUAGAAUAAUUUUCAUCUGUGAUUAGGAAGGCAGGUUGGAUAAUUCUUUCUGUACCCAUUCCAAAGGCCGGGAUAAUGGACUGGAGUUCUUUACAUUUUGGAACUGGAUUGUGUGGUGGAGUAGGAGCUGACAGGUCCUACUAUAAAUAUGUAAAGUAGUGUGAGUAUAAAGGUUAGUGCUGGUGUACCUGGAUGCUGGUCUGUCUGGUUUUUAUACCCUGUCUCUCCUGCUGUCUGAAUAGGGCUGCCUGUAACUUCAUGUUUCAGCGGCAGCGCCCGUCCCAGACCUGUGUGCAUUCCUUCCACCUAACUAUGAUGGAAAUACAGCUGAUGUUCAAUAGUC